AUCCAAGGCGCUCCUGUUCGAAAAUCUGGUAUUGGGAUUCAGGCAUUACGUUUGAGGUCGUCUCUGAUAUCAACUCCUUUGAACUUUUGCUGGGGUUCCCUCAUGUAACGACCGCGAAUGCCCACGCCUACGUUUACUUUUUCGCAUGAGCACACAGCAUCUUAGACCACGUGUCCGCGUAUUCACCCGCUGUUGACCUCCUACAAAUCUUAUACACAUUGCUUGUCAAUUUCACAUCAGUGUAGUCAACAAAACACAAACACUGCACUGAAUUCCCACACCCACAAUCACUACCACUUUCUCACACCAAACCAACUACUGCACCACAGCAUCAUGGCUAAGUACGACCAGCACAUGCUAACCACCGCCAGUAUCGAAGGUACCGAACCUCCUUCAGUUCUCGUAGAACUGCACCGACGCGCAGAAACUAAGUAUAUUUCAGCCACCGAGAACUUCCUCGACAACUACUACGUCGCACUCCAAGGCUCAAGGCACACGAUCGCGUCCUACUUCUGCCCCUUUGAGCGUUUCGCUGAUGGCAAGGAGCUUCCGGGGAUGGUCUGGAAUGGCAACGUCUUCCGCACCCCAGAAGAGUACCAAGCACUAUACGAGGACCGCAUGCCCUUCACCCACUACGAAGUACAAUCCUUUGACUGCCAUGUGCUCAACCCGACGGCGAUGGCACCGGACAAGCUGAAAGGAGGGAGCGGAGAGCAAGACAAGGAUAUUGAGAAGAGGAUGAGCAUCGUCGUGCUAGUCAGCGGGACUGUGAGACUGGAUGAACCGAAGACGGGCCCGUUGAAGCAGUUCAGCGAGACAUUCGUGCUGGUGCCGAAUCCUGAGAAGACAGCCAAUGGACCAAAGUCCGUGGUGAAAGCUUGGGUGAUCCAGAACAUGAACUUCCGAUUUGUCGUCUGAGAGUAUGCGAUCUGAUCGACGAAAUGGUUGGAUGAUCGAUUGUCGGCGCACUAGAUCAUAGGAAGAAUUUGACGAUUGAGCAUACAUUUUACGACUUGAGCCUCAGUAUUCACCCGAUCGGGCGUGUAGAACAAAUAACAGCGACUUCCACUCGACACACCCACAUAUCAAUUCGAUACCUUUAUCUUCCACUUACGAUUAUGUACGAUUUGCAUUUGUGCCAAUGUGGCGAUUGGGAUUGAGAUUAUUAUCGAGGGCCAAAAUACAGCUGACGACACUUAUAUCAAAUGGCUUGAAAGCGAAGCUGCGAAAAUAGUAUGUGAUUACAUGGCAAGAUAUGGCAGGAAAUUUUGGCAAGAAAUUGUAGCUACAGUAAGCGAGUGCCCGAGCUUCCAUCAACA